AUGCCUCCUCGCAGGAAAUCAGAUCAUCUCUCUUCAACACAAGACACCGCUCAUACCCGCCAGACCAAGAGGACAAAAGCCAGCUCCGCGUGCGAUGCAUGUCGCUUAAGACGGUCAAGAUGUGAAUUGAUAAAUCAGGAUGGAUGUCACCGAUGUCGGGUGUUGGGCACUCGUUGUUCUCUGAGAAGCACAAUCUCGACGGGUCAAGGAGAUGAUGUGGUCUCAUCAGAUGUCGGUGUGACCUCUCCUGAGCAAGUCCAGCCAACACUGCUGCAAGUAGAUCAGCGUGCUGCGAGGAUUGAACGUAUGGUAUCUCAACUACUCCAUGAACGAUCCUGCCCAUCGCGCCCCGGUAUUGACGUAGAUAAGCCCACUGUACAUCAAGCAGUUCAGGAUGAGAAUUGGUCUGGAGCCGCUUGGCAGAUCAUGGGAGGACUAGGACAGCUACGAGAGUAUACAUUGGUGGACCCUGUCAGUGUGGGUCUAAUAUCUGAGGUGGAUAUGAAGAAUCGGCAGGACGAUUGCUCGUCUAUCCCACCUCAUGCGUUCCCACUACGACCUUCUCUCACGGCUUCUCAACACCCUCUUCUGCGAUGUGCUAUCGUGCGUCUGAACCCACCAUUCGAAAUCGUCAACCGGAUAGAAUCGAUGCUCCAUCGCAAUUUGGCAUUGCUAUCAUUCCUCCGUCCUAGUCGAGAUCUCCUCUGCGCUCUACUCAUAUUAUCGUAUGCAGUCCCUGUCACUGCUCAUUUUAACCGAGCAUGCGAUCCUUACGGCGUCUGUAUUAGAUUACUAGAUAUGGCUUUAUCUCUUGGUUUAGAUGAGAGGGUGGAGAUCUUUCGGCAGCAAGAUCGCUCUGAUCUGUAUAAGAAUUGGAUGGACCCUUUGCUAUGGGAUGUCGUCCUUUGGUACAGCUCGAUACACCGGGCCGCAAUCUACUCCUUCUUCACUUCUCCAUCAUGCUCCACACGAUUACACACCCCUCCGUUGCAUACUGUCCUACCCCUAGACCUUGCUCAAUCUCUUAAGACACCUCUCCAUCACCUCGCGUUGGAAGCCAGCCUGCUCGAACUGUUUCGUCCGCUGUCCGCUUCAGUCCGUUCACUCCGCACGGCUGCCUCAUACGAGGAUCGAUAUACCACCUCCAUAAUCAACGCUGCGGACGAGCUCAAAGUAUCACUACGUAUAUGGCGGGAUAGACUUCAAGAGACAUCUUUACCUUCGACCGACUACCUGAUCGUUCUCUCUCUGCAAAUGGAAAUGACUAUCUACAUGAGGACAUCCACCGAAGCUGGACCUGCACUACCUACGCCUUUGGGACAUGGAAGACGAUCGCCUAUAAUCUCCAGACUAGGCAAGGAAUACGUGCGUGCGAAUAUUGACCAUAUGCGACAUGUUCUAGAACGCAACGUCCCAUUGGCAAAGCUUCCUUCUUGGAACUUCACGAUGUCAUUCUUACCUUAUGCUACUCUUGAGUCGAUCAAACAGCUUCACGAAUCGGACGUAUCAUUUGAUCUGGACUUGCUGGAUGACUAUCGAAGAUGCCUCAUGGAAUCACAUCCAACCGCUUCGAAUAUCUUACAAGGGAUAGCGAAGAUGCGAACGGAUCCUGGUUGGAGGAGUUAUGGUCAGGCUGAGGAGCCUGAUACACCGGCUAAAUUCUCGUACGACACAGAAUGGUGGUCCAUGUUCGACUGGCUAGCCCCGCUCGAUCCUGGUUCUGGUGCGGAUCUCUUCCCAGAUGGCUACUGGGGAGUGAAUUUUGAUGAAAAUGCUUCGACAUAA